AUGGUGACUGAGACCCACCAACAUGCUACAUCAUGCCCAUGUGCAAGUAAUGCUAAUUCAUUAAACUAUCUGCAUGUUAUAAUUACAGGUACAAAUAUAGCCCUAGGUUAUGACAUCCGGAAUUCAGUCAAUAACGUUGAUGUAGCCCUAGACGCAGCCCUGGAUUUCACGACGCUCCGAAAAAGGCCUAAAGCGUGCGAUAGUUCACGCGAAUGCGAGUGUUCCGAGAACACGACCCAGCCUUAUGUGGUCGCGUUAAUUGGUGGUGCACGUUCAGAAAUCUCUCAACGCGUGAAUACUGUCGUGGGUCCCUCGUCAUUACCACAAAUUAGUUACUCGAGUACCAGUGUUUCAUUGAGUGAUAAGACGAACUACAG